UGAUCCCUGCCUCCUGGUGCGGUGGUGCCCGUCACCCGUGGAACCUCGGUGUAAACAAACACAAUGUGGGCUCGUGUAGGGACGUCGUUUUUGACUGUCGAAAAAAAUUGUAUCCCACAGAGACACCACAUUGUCCGUCACAUAAGAACACAGUGCACGAACCUUCACCCUCGUGGACACUCGAGGCGUGACAUAGUAGAGGUGAGCCAGACUGGAGGUGUGCGUGGUGAUCAUGUGUCUGGUGUGCCCACAGCCAGUCCAGCCCACCGUAAGGACACUCGCACCAUCGAUAGCAUGGACCCUGUGGUGCUCAAAUACACUAAUAUGAUCAAUGACAUGAGGAACGAAUCUAGUAGAGUCGAAAGAGUUCAUGAGACACACUUCGGCAGUAUCCGUUUUGACGAAGAGAACAUUCCUCACCUUCACGGACUGUUCGACCAGGACUGCAAACCUGAGCCCAGCAUUGACCCAGCACAGCACAACACGUCCACGUCACACGGCAGUGGCCAGGGCGAGUUGCUAGCAGAUGGUGUAGAUUCAUUCACUGGUGGGUCAGAGGAAGUGAAAAUGAAUGACGGUGAUCCACGAGAUCGUAAUUAUUUGGACGAUUGUAUGUUUGGAGAUUACAUCUCUUCUACAUCAAGAAUCUCAAAAAGCUCACCAGUAGAACAUAAGCAAGGUGCAUCUCGUACAAAUAGUAAGAUUAGUGAUGCUACAAGUAAUGAUCUUUCUUAUAUAGAUGAAGUGUUCUUUAAAAACUCAUUAGAAAACCUUGAGAUAAAUAGGCAGCCAGCACCUGACUACUCUAAUAUAAAGGUGGAUAUAGAGAAAGCUGUGUUAUCUGAAGAGAAGCAUGUCACCAGUGAAAAAAGUGAAAUCAUUCUUAAGCAUAGUCCAGAAAAUGUUCAACAAAAACAUCAUAAUGACAAAGAUACAAUGAGGCAACGUUCAAACACAGCUGAAAAUAGUGAAGCUCCCAGAUCUGCAUAUGAAUAUGCAGUCAGAAUGAGACGUGAAGAACAUAAACGACAACAGGGCCUGGAUCAGGAACCUGGUGAUGGAAGCAAUAAAAGUUACAGAAAGAUCUUGAGUCUAUUGAAUGAUAAAACUAAGGAAAAGUAUACAAGAUAUGAGGUACUGAAGUCUCUGAAGAGCAGUAUAUUAUACAAUGACAAUGAUAUAGUUGGCCUCCACAAAUCUUAUGGAAUAGCCAUGCAUGGCGGAAGUGACUCCCAACACCACGUUCUUACAGACUACCUCCCAGAACUGGCAAGAUACUUGAAAGCUGAAGCACUCUACCCAGUCCAUAGAUUAGAUGCUACCACCACAGGAGUUGUUCUCUUGGCCCGCACACCUGCUAUGGCAGAUACCUUAAAAAGAAUGUUUAAGGAACGUCAGCUCAAAAAAACAUAUUGGGCUAUCACUAAAAGUAUUCCACAUCCAGUGCAAGGUGUAAUUGACAUCCCAGUAGGAGAAGGCAUAGUGGAUGGCUACAGGCGCAUGGUGCUUAAGCCUGAUGUUAAAGAACUGAAGAGUACAACUAGUGAAAGCAAAUUGGCUAUUACCAGAUUCAAAGUAAUCAGCAAAAAAGACAGUGCUGCACUUGUUGAGUUGUCUCCCAUGACCGGAGUGAAGCACCAACUGCGUGUUCAUCUAGGUUUUGGGCUCAGCUGUCCUAUCUUAGGUGACCAUAAGUAUUCACAUGUGAAGAAAAUGGCUCCUCAGGCACUUCCUGGAGAUAUGCUGGACAAACUCAAAAUAAAACAGAGUAAGGUGAGGCAUCUUCCUCUCUUCCUUCAUUGCAAGUCCAUUGUUGUUCCUGAGAUUGUGGAUGGAAGGAACAUUUCAAUUUAUGCCAAGAUUCCUGCUUAUUUCAACAAGGCUCUGACUCUGCUGAAACUGAAUAAACAUCAUAGUCAAGUGAAACUUGAUGAGGGGGUGGCAUCCUUACCCUGAAGUGGCUUUGCCUUAUUGUCAUGUGACUGAAUGCAAUUAUAUAUAUAUAUAUAUAUAUA